AUGAAUGUAGACUCUUUUCAGGAGACUAUGUACAUUGAAGAAAACCCCUAUAAGAAUGAUAUGAUCUCUUUGAUUGUCUCUCUGAAAGAAAAGGUUGGGGCUUUGGCUAAAGCUCUGCGCAUAUUUGAGGAAAAAAGUAUAAACCUGAUCCACAUUGAGUCCAGACCUUCCCGAGUCAACAAAGAUGAAUAUGAAUUCUUCAUAAACCUGGAUAGCAGGAAUAUUCCUCUUCUCACGGAUAUCAUCGCAACUUUGAGAAAUGAAAUUGGAGCAACAGUUCAUGAGCUUUCACGUAAAAAGAAGAAAGAUGCUGUGCCGUGGUUCCCGAGAACUAUCCAGGAGCUUGACAGAUUUGCCAAUCAGAUCCUAAGUUAUGGAGCUGAACUGGAUGCAGACCACCCUGGUUUCAAAGAUCCUGUUUACCGGGCCCGGAGAAAGGAGUUUGCUGACAUCGCCUACAACUACAGACAUGGGCAGCCUAUUCCUAAAGUGACUUACACAGAGGAAGAAAAGAAAACGUGGGGCAUAGUCUUCAGGGAGCUGAAGACUCUCUAUCCAACUCACGCUUGCUAUGAACACAACCACGUGUUUCCGCUACUGGAAAAAUACUGUGGCUACCAGGAGGAUAAUAUUCCACAACUUGAAGACGUUUCAAGAUUCUUGCAAACCUGCACUGGAUUCCGCUUACGCCCUGUGGCUGGCCUGCUGUCUUCUCGGGAUUUCCUGGCUGGUUUGGCAUUUAGAGUGUUUCACUCUACGCAGUACAUCCGCCAUGGAUCUAAACCAAUGUACACACCAGAACCUGAUGUUUGCCAUGAGCUCCUAGGACAUGUACCUCUGUUUGCUGACAUUAGCUUUGCUCAGUUUUCCCAGGAAAUUGGACUUGCAUCCUUGGGAGCGCCGGAUGAAUACAUUGAGAAACUUGCUACGGUCUAUUGGUUUACGGUGGAAUUUGGACUCUGUAAAGAAGGUGAUGCAAUAAAGGCCUAUGGUGCUGGGCUGCUGUCUUCAUUUGGAGAGUUGCAGUACUGUUUAUCAGAUAAACCUGAAAUUCAAUCCCUUAACCUGGAGAAGACUGCAGUCCAGAAAUACCCAGUCACUGAGUUCCAGCCUGUUUACUAUGUUGCUGAAAGUUUUAAAAAUGCCAAGGAAAAAGUAAGGAGAUUUGCUUCAACAAUCCCUCGACCUUUCUCGGUUCGCUACAAUCCAUACACCCAGAGAAUUGAAGUCUUGGACAAUGCAAAGCAGUUGAAGAAUUUAGCUGAGUCCAUCAGCAGUGAGAUGGGAACUCUUUGCAGUGCCCUCAAGAAGAUAGAAUGAAGGUUUUCUCAGAGUCCUCUCUUCCAAGAGCAACUUGCUGAAGUGACUAUAUGCAAAUGCCAAUAAUAUUCUAGCUAUUUCACAUUAUCACUCUAUUGAAUGUGUGAAUGUUUAUGAUAUAUAUAUAUAUAUAUAUAUGUAUAUAUAUAUAUAUAUACACACACAUACACAUACACAUAUAUAUUACUUAAUCCCUAUAGCUUAGCAACAAAAGGGGCUUCUGUGGGUGACUCUGUGCUCUCUUUGGUUGCAUAUCAUAAUUCUGUUUAGAAUUCACCCCAGCCCUGGGUGACUGUCCAUGGCCUGUACAUCUUUUCUGUCUGAAUCCUGGAAGCUGGCAGAAGAGGGAAUCCUUCUCCAUUCACCAGCCUGCAGAGUUACUGCAGCCCUGAUACUGUAUUGCCCCCAUGUCCUGGUGACAACGUGGCAAUGACUAGCAGCAGAUUCACCCACCCUGCCAUAUCCCUCCUACACUCCCAUCUGCCCCAGCCUGAAGCCAUGCCAGGUUCCCCUGGAGAGCUAAGCUCUGUAUCCCUAGCUCUGUAUCCCUAGGAUCUACAUGUCCUCACAAACCCUGUCCCCUACAUAGCAAAUCUGCACCUCUUCCACUACACGCUGGGCACGCUGCACGGAGAAGAGGCCACAGUUUGCCACCUUAACAUGGGGCUUAAGUAGUACCUUGUGUGGGUCCUCUGCACUGGGGUGAAUUUUGCUGUAAAAGUUUUUGUUCUGCAAAAGUGACUUCAAAUUUAGUCAAAGAGUAGAUGCUCUGAUGUUACUAGUGGAGACUGUGUUUUCAGUAUGUUUCUGACUCAUUAGUGAAGAUUUCUCCUUCAGUGUUAAAAUAUUGUGUUCACACCAUGUGCAAUGUGUUCCCACAGCUCAUAGUCCAGGGACUAAAUUUGCUAGGUCACAGAUUGGACAUUUGAACCACCCAGAGCUAAGCAGAGCAAAUCAGUGUUUCUCAUUAACAACUUUCCCAUACACAAGUUUCAACAUGUGAUGAGAGGUUCUAAAGCUACUGUGGGCUUUACAUUUUAUGGACUUUUAAAUCAGUUUUGUAAUAUCUAGUCUUGCACCACUUUUAUAUUUACUUCUCAAAAAGCAAUGGAUCUUUCAUUCAAACAUUGCCCUUUAAGGAGAUCCAAACUACAACUGCCUCUAUUAUAUUUAUAGAGUAUAAUAACAUUAAUCUAAUCUAAGGAUACCAGCUGGGACCUUUUUGAACAGAAGUAUUUUUAUACAAAAUGGCAUCAUUUUGGUGCUUUGAAGUAUGCCUUUUUUAUUACUGGGUCUUUUAUUGUGUGGUAAUGUCUGUGCAAACCUUUAAUCCCUGGCACUUAUUUCAAAAGUGAAAGUAGCCCAUGUUCCUUCUCUUCUAGUAUAGUGAUACCGCUAAGGUGAUUGUGUUCACAAAAGGAUGAUUCCACCACAAGUUUGAAGUCUUUCAAAAUAAUCUCCUGCUGGCUUUCAAAUCUUCUUGUGACUGCUGCUAUGAAUAACAGUAGAGCAGCAUCCAUGGUGCUGUUGGGAACACAGGAUACAUGGUUUCCUUUAUACUUAAGUGGAAUUAUUAAACAACUUUCACAUUUAGGGUCUGAUUCUGUCUCAUUUACACAGGUGUAGUCUGGAAUGACUCCAGUUAAGUCAAUGGAAUUACACUGGUGUCAAACUACUGUUAAGUGAAGUGAGAGCACUAGCCCCCUUGGGAUUUUAGAAGUGGAUGAAACAAAAAGCAACUAGAUUUUCUUACUAAAAAAUAAGCUUAUGCAUUUAUUUUUAAAUAUUUUAAGUUAGUUGCAUUUAGAAUACUAUUUUUAGUGGAUAGCUCAAGAAAGAAAUUAAAAUUUGUAAAAAAUCUUUUAAUUUCUCUUCUGUCUGGUAAACAUAUCAUUCUGCUAUGUAAACUAAAUAAAUGUAAAUGUUUAGUAAGCCAGUAUUAAAACAGAUAGUUACAUAUAUAUAUAGUACUUUUAAGUGGUGUGUUGGAAAGACUAAAUUAAACAAAAAUACUCAAUAUUAUUUUACACUUCUGCAGCAUCAUUCAUGCAAGAACAUCAAAAAACAGCAAGCUUUAAAAACAUUAACUAAGAAGUCUCAGAUCCAUGAAGUAGUACCUGUAUUUUACAAUCAGGGAAACAGAGGCAUAGGUUACUUGGCAUGUCCAGGAUCUGCUAUCGAGCCUGAGAUAAACAUUCCGGCUCUGUCAAUUUAGGCUUUUAUAGUGUUCCCAUCAUAGUGCUAUCCAAGUACUUAGGAUGCUCAACUAUGACUGGUUUCAGAGUAACAGCCGUGUUAGUCUGUAUUCGCAAAAAGAAAAGGAGUACUUGUGGCAC